GCAGCGCAUCUUAACUCCUCCCGCGGCCACUGCGCGGACAUCAUGUGGGCCACACUGACGCACCGCGCACGGCUGAACCUAUAUAAGCACUGCAGCUGUCAGUUGGAGGACACUGUCUGCUCUGUGCAGGGGAACGACUUGCUUUAGGGGAUUACAGCUCUACACACUCUUAGAUCCUAACUGUAACAAUGUCUCACGCUUGGGGAUACGCAGCGACCAACGGACCCGACAAAUGGGCAGAAAACUUCCCUGUUGCAAACGGACCCCGUCAGUCUCCCAUUGACAUCGUACCUGGUGAAGCAUCAUUCGACGCGGGGCUGAAGCCGCUCAGCCUGAAGUACGACCCUUCCACCAGCAUUGACAUCUUAAACAACGGACAUUCCUUCCAAGUGACCUUCACUGAUGACACCGACAACUCAACUCUGAAAGAUGGACCAAUCUCAGGAAUCUACAGGCUUAAGCAGUUCCAUUUCCACUGGGGGGCUUCUGAUGAUAAGGGCUCUGAGCACACUGUGGCCGGGACCAAAUAUCCAGCUGAGCUCCAUCUGGUGCACUGGAACACCAAAUACCCCAGCUUUGGUGAUGCAGCCAGUAAGCCUGAUGGGCUCGCUGUUGUUGGCGUUUUCUUGAAGAUUGGUGCUGAAAAUGCAAGUCUCCAGAAGGUCAUUGAUGCUUUUGGAGCCAUUAAGGCCAAAGGAAAGCAGACUACCUUUCCCAACUUUGACCCUGCUGCACUGCUUCCGGGUUGCCUGGACUACUGGACGUACGAUGGCUCUCUAACCACACCACCUCUGUUGGAGAGUGUUACCUGGAUUGUCUGCAAAGAGCCAAUCAGUGUCAGCCCUGAGCAGAUGGCUAAGUUCCGCAGCCUGCUAUUCUCCGGUGAUGGUGAGGCUGAAUGCUGCAUGGUGGACAACUACCGCCCUCCACAACCGCUCAAGGGUCGCCCUGUCCGUGCUUCCUUUAAGUAAAACUCCCUCCCCACCCCCCCAUUUUUGCCCUUUCUGCCCCGUUGCCCUCUCCUUCCCAUCCCCCUCAGAAUGACCUCUCUUGCAGUGGAUAACAAAGCACACAUAUCUCUUUCCGUCCAGUUUUUAAAGAAAUUAAAUUCCUGUGGGCCCGUUGAAUUCAGUGCAAAUGGAAAGCUGGAGCAGGAUUUACAUUUCUUGUAGGUGAUAAGAAUUGUCACGCUCUCUUUUAAAAGACCAUUUUAAAGAAUUUGUUUGGCUGUAUGACGUUCGCAAAGGUGCUACAUCCGGCAUCAGUGGUUUCAGAGAAAAAGCAGUGUUUGUUUGGUCACCAUGAAAAAAAGAAAAUCUGUCAAAAAUGGUGCGUUGGAGUUAGCAGGAAGCACAGGCUAGCGUGAGUAUACAGGCUGAGGAUUAAACUAUAUAACCAUCUGUGAGAGGGGUAAGGUGCCAAUUGUGGACACGCAGGACACUCCGGCUGCCAGUCUGUCUGUAAUCUCUGAACGACUGCCGGCCUCUGCCACACAGCAGCUUAGUGGAACACUGCAGCCGCCUCCAGCCAGCGAUUGACUGAGAAAAUCCCCCUCUGGCAAAUGCCCCCUCAGCCUAGCAUGUGCACUCUCAUGCAGACAUGUUGUCAAUAGCUUGUGACCUGCUUGCUGAUUUAAAUUGUACAACAAAAAACACCAAUAGCCAGCUUUAAGCAAGUUCGAGUGACUGUUUACUGUCUAAUCUUCUAAAUUUCAAUUGUCAUAUGAAGUUAAAUUUUUUUUGUCAAGGAUUUUUCUUUAAGCCAUGUUGUGUAAAUCAAGUCUUAAGUGAUUCCUUAAUUAUGUAUCGGAAACCAAAUGCCCCUGCUCCUCUUGAUAUCCUGAUAAUGUAGCGAUGAAAGACAUCAACCUUGUAAAAUGCAAUGUGAAGAAAAAUGUGUUAAGUGCUAAAGCUUAAAACGCACAGUUGGUAGUGCCAUAAUAGCCACCCAACAACAAAGCCAAGGAAGAAACGACCCUUCCCAGGAAGCCAAAAAAGACAAGAACCUGCCAAUGGAGAAGAUUAUGUUGUCAACCUGGAUGUAGGCCCUGAAUUGGAGAAUAAUGAGACUAUGUAAGACUCUGUGGUUAUAGUGUUUCUUACCACAAAUGAAUCUUCAUUAAUGUUGUAAUUGAUCAAAAAGAGAAAAAAGUAAAGCCUUAUGCCAAUCGAUGUUAGGCCUGUCCCAGGAGAAUGUUGUCAUUCUAUUUUGGAAGUGGACGUUUGCUGGUUGAAUAAAUAUAUUUUAUGACUAAUCUGUGCCUUUUCUAUUUUUGGGUCUGCUCUCAUUUUUCUUCCUGUUCAAUAAACUGCUUUUUGGCACCAAUAAUCAUGUUUUAGUCACCUCUCUGAUUUACUCAUAAACUUCUGCUUUGUGUUCCUCUUAAUUCAUCUGAAUGACUCUAUUUUCACCAGAUAUCAAACCCAGAUUAGUGUUUCAGAUACAAAUAAAUUGUUAUUAAAAAAGAAACCUUAAUGA